AUGCGUAUUGUGAGCUCGUUGUUAUUUUCAUUCCGUACAUUAGGUGACUCGGAAUUUAGCACAAAUUGUCAUGAGGUCCACAAUGUGCUGAAGAAGAUCAAGGCUGCGGGGGGUGGUUUUGAUGCAGACGAGGAAGCAGGCAUCGCAAAUGUCUCUGCUAUUGAGGAUACCAGGG